AUGCGGCAGUUCGGGUACACACAGACGAUAUCCAGACACCCUAAUGUCUUCGUUCCCCUUGGAUUGACCCGUAUGCAGAUAAAGGAGAUCUAUGCUGACUAUCAGAGGCACAUGGUAUCAGACGAGUCUCGGCCGACUAGAGCACCGAGAGACUGGAGUUGUGUUGAUGGCUACAUCAUGUGGUUCUUCACCGUCUCACACCCCCAUAUAGUGCCCACUGCAGAAGGAUAA